UUUUUGAUAACAAUUGUCAAUAGUAAUAAUUUAAAUAAUUUAAUGUGAAAUACAGUCUCAUAUCGAAUUUUAUCAUUGAAAUGCUCCGUAAAUAUAAUAUGUCGAUAUUCAUCGACUUUUUAUUUUAGUAACCAUUCAAUUAUUCAAAUAAGGUAAAUCUGCUAAAAGUUGUCGAAAACAAGCUAUUCAAAUACACCUACCAAAUUGUACUAUAAUUUAACUAUGGAUAUAACACAUUCAUUAGAUGGUGGAGUACUUAAAGAAAUAUCAAUACAUGGAAACGGAAUAGAGAGGCCACAUAAAGGUUGUAAAGUGUUUGUUCAUUACACUGGUACCCUUCCAGAUGGUAAAGUUUUUGAUAAGACUAAUGAUGUCCCUUUUCAAUUUAUUAUAGGAAAAGAUAUGACUAUCAAAGGUUUUGAGUUAGCAGUAUCUUCUAUGUCUUGUGGUGAAAUUUCAAAAUUUAAAUGUCAUCCAAAUUAUGGAUAUGGUCAAGAUGGUUUUGAGAAUAUCAUUCCUCCAAAUACAUGGAUUACUUUUGAAAUACAUUUAAUAAAUUGUGUUUGGGAAGAUAUAAGUCGUAAAAAAGAUGGAAGUAUAACUAAACAAAUAUUAGAACAUGGAAGUGGAUAUGAUACUCCAAGAAAUGUAUCAUUGGUUAAUAUAAAUUUAUUGAAAGAAGAAAAUGGCUGUGAAAUUAAAGAAGUAAAUGUAGAAUUUAGAUUAGGAGAAGGCAAAGUACAUGGUAUAUGUCCAGGAAUAGAACAAGCUUUAACAAAAUUCAAAAUCCAAGAGAAAUCUAGAUUAUUUAUUCAUGGAAAACAUACAUUCCUAAAUCCUAGUAUUGAAAAUUAUGAAGAGGUGUAUGUUGUAAAGCUAAACUUUUUUGAAAAAUUUGAAGAUAGCUGGUCAUUGACUAGUGAAGAUCGAAUUGAACAAGCUAAGUAUUUUAAACAAAAGGGAACUGAUUAUUACAAAUUAGAAAAUUACAAACAAGCUCUUAAAUUCUAUAAAAAAAUGGUAGAAUAUUUAAAAGAUGAUAUUUCAGUAAACAAAACUCAAGUAGAAGAAGUAAAGCUCCUUACAGUAGUAUCUUAUUUAAAUUCUGCAAUGUGCAAUUUAAAAUCAAAUAGGCAUACUCAAGCUAAAAAUGAUUGUGACAGUGCAUUAAAAUUAGAUCCCUUUAAUGUCAAAGCUUUGUUUAGAAAAGGAGAGGCAUUAAUAGGCUUACAUGAAUUAAAUGCAGCAAAACAUUGUUUUAAAGCAGUUUUACAAAAAGAACCACAUAAUCGUGCUGCUAUUGCUAAAAUAACGGAAUGUGAUAGUAAAUUCAAACAACAAAAAAGUUUAGAAAAAUCAGUUUAUUCAAAUAUGUUUGAGAAAUUUGCUAAAAGAGAUACUGAAAAAGAAGAAGAAGCUCUUAGUCAACAACCGGAUGUUAUGAUUACUCUUGGAGAAUGGGGUGAUGAUGAACGAGAGCGUGCUCCAACUGAAUUUGAAAAAGAAAAUCCUAAUAUAUUAAUGCUAAAUACUACAGGAGAUUUUAAAAAUAUGUAAUUUAUUCAUAAUUUUUCUGUAAUUAGAUUCAUUGUUAUUGACCACAUUGUAAUAAAUAUAUGGAACAAGCCAUUAUUAUCAAGA